UUAGGCAGCCAAAUCCAAUGACUAUAAGGAGCAUGGAUUGCACUGAUGAUAGAAAGAAAUUUGCUGGGUCUGGAGUCAAUUUGAAUGUUGUUAGGGCAUUGCAAAAUUCAAUGGCGGAUGACAACAAUACCAGCUCAUCAAUUGAAAGCAGAUUGAGUUCUGAUUCUAGCACAAUCGAUUCCACGAAGCCUAUUGACGUGAAUGGAUCUGAUGUUCAUAGUGAACAUCCUUCGGCUUCGGAAACUGAGAGUGUAUCAUCUGGUACUACUUCAGAGAGUAGUGGAAAUGCUGUUGGUGUUGCAGGACAGCGGGGGCGUGGGUUUAUAGAGCCGGCAAGGUUUUGGCAAGAGACUAAUAGUAGAAUCAGGCGGCAACCAGAGCCUUGGUCACCAGUUUCUAGGAAUAAUGGAUUGAAAGGACCUACACCGGCCAAACUUAUUGCACCAAAGAAGUUUGGAAGUGAUAGUCCAGUAUCUUCUCCAAAAGGAGUUGUCAAUAGUAGGGGACAGAUGUCUCCUAUUCGUGGUGGGGCGUUACGGCCUGGGUCGCCUAGUAAGUUUGGGAUAUCAUCGGCUGCUGCACGGUCUCCUAUGAGGGGAAUGAGUCCAUCGAGGGUGAGGAAUGCCGUGGGAGGUGUUGUGAGUAGUAAUCUGAGCAACGUGAAUAGUACCCCUUCAAUUUUGAGCUUUGCUGCUGAUAUUAGGAGAGGGAAGAUUGGGGAGAAUCGGAUUGUGGAGGUGCAUUUGUUAAGGAUUUUUCAUAAUCGGUUGUUGCAAUUGCGUUUUAUCAAUGCCAGAGCUGAUUCUGCUCUGUCUGCUCAGCGGUUGAAUGCAAAGAAAAGCCUGUAUAAUGCGCAUGUAACAACAUCAAAACUGUGUGAAUCUGUGAGAGCAAAAAGAACAGAGUUGCAAUGGCUAAGGCAAAAUUUGAAGCUGAUUUCCAUCCUCAAGGAGCAAAUGUUGUCUUUAGAAGAACUGGCAUUGAUUGACCAGGAUUACUCCCGUUCUUUAUCAGGGGCCAUUGAAGCUUUGCAGGCUAGCACACUCCGUUUGCCAAUUGUUGAAGGGGCAAGGGUAUGUGCCAUUUUCCUUCUCUUGAUUUUCAUUUUUGUUACUUUGUUUCAAUUGGGUUUCUGAUAAU